UAUAGCAUUCAAUUUCCUAAUAAGAGUACAUGCAAUAAGAAGUAGAUCUACACCCACUUGAAUGGACCUAUGUACUGUACAUACACAGCGAGGUGGUAUAUAUAGCGCCACUACAAUGGUCCUAAGGCUGUAGCUAGCAGUGUAUACUGCUUACAGGGACGUGGUUAGUGCCAUAAGAUAUAUUAUACUAGCUGCAACAACACAGCUAUCUAGCUAGCUAGGGAUACCUACUAACUGUCUACCAUUGAAGAGAGACUACCCAUGACCUCCAUGCUGUGUGGUCUAGUGUGUGUGGUCCUGCUCUCUGGGCUCACUGCACUGGCAGGGGGACAAGGAACUUGUUCUGAUUUACCACCACUAAUGAAUGGAGGCAUUACCUACACUGAUGGACUUGUUGACAGCAGACCUAUUAAUACCAUUGCUACCUUCACUUGUAACAAUGACUACACUCUCACUACUGGAGGGAGUUUCAGCCAAUGUCAGAAUGAUGGAAACUGGAGUAGGUCAGCUCCAACCUGUCAAGUGAACACAGGACCCACUGAACCACCCACCACCUGUCCUGACCUCACUGUACCAGCCAAUGGAAUGAUCAGCUACAAUAUGGGGACUGAUAGUCUGAGACCAGUGGACACUGUGGCCACCUACACCUGUGACACUGACUACACUCUCAAUGGAGACACCACCAGGACUUGUGGGAGUGAUGGAGUGUGGAGUGGCGUUUCAGAUUGUCAGCCUGACUGCCCUGACUUACCCUCACUGACCAAUGGGAUGAUUAUGUACAGUGCUGGAUCCACUAACAACAGACCUUUCCUCACUACUGCUGCACACUUCUGUAACACUGGCUACACUCUCACUGGAGGGGACACUACCAGGAUCUGUGUGGGUGGAGGGAUCUGGAGUGGGCCACCUCCAACUUGUCAGCGACCUUGUUCUGAUUUACCACCACUAAUGAAUGGAGGCAUUACCUACACUUUUGGAUCUGAUAACAGCAGACCUAUUAAUACCAUUGCUACCUACACUUGUGACAAUGGCUACACUCUCACUACUGGAGGGAGUUUCAGAGUUUGUCGGAAUGAUGGAACCUGGAGUGGAGCAGCUCCAACCUGUCAAUUGAACACAGGACCCACUGAUCCUCCACCCACCACCUGUCCUGACCUCACUGUACCAGCCAAUGGAAUGAUCAGCUACAAUAUGGGGACUGCUAGUCUGAUACCAGUGGACACUGUGGCCACCUACACUUGUGACACUGACUAUACUCUCAGUGGAGACACCACCAGGACUUGUGGGACCGGCCGGAGCGGUGGAGUGUGGAAUGGGUCAGAUCCAAGUUGUCAGCUUAAAUGCCCUGACUUACUCCCACUGAUCAACGGGAUGAUUAUGUACAGUGGUGGAUCCCCUGGCAACAGACCUUUCCUCUCUAGUGCUACGCACUCCUGUAACACUGGCUACACUCUCACUGGAGGUACUUUCACUGGAGGUACCUCCAGGGUCUGUGUGAGUGGAGGGAUCUGGAGUGGGUCAGCUCCAACUUGUCAAAAAGACACAGGACCUACUGAUCCUCCAUCCACCACCUGUUCUGACCUGACUCCUCCAACCAGUGGAAUGAUUGGCUACAAUAUGGGGACUGUUAGUCUGCGACCAGUGAACACUGUGGCCACAUACACCUGUAACACUGGCUACACUCUCAAUGGAGGCAACACCAGGACUUGUGGGAGUGAUGGAGCGUGGAGUGGGUCAGCUCCAACUUGUCAAGCCACCUGUCCUGACCUCACUUUACCAACCAAUGGAGUGAUCAUCUACAGCUCUAGUACCUCACCACACCCUCAGGGAGCCAUGGCUACACAGAGCUGCUUGAAUGGAUACGUAUCCUCCACUACCAGCACUGCUACCAGAGUGUGUAGAGCUGACAGAGUGUGGAGUGGAUCAGCUCUCACUUGUCAAUUGACUGAAGUCAUCACUACCUCUUCUCCUCUCAUAACAACCAUUGCCACUACUAAAGGGGACACUGUGCCCCCCACUGGAACUGACCCUCGGUCCACUGGAACUACCACUGACAACACUGGAGCUAGCAACACAGGAGGUGUGGUGGCAGGUGUAGUCAUUGUGUUACUCAUUCUAGGCGCUGUCAUUGUGGUGGGUAUCAUUGUCGGGGUCUACUUCUGGAGGAAACUUUGUGGCAACCAGACCAAGUACAGCCCCUCCCCACGCCAUGCCCCUCCCCCUCGCCCCACCCCCUAUCAAGCAUCCUUCAAGAAGAGGAACGGACAAGACAGUAAAGUCACCAUCCAGAAAGUUGACGAGCCUAGUAUAGUAGAGUUUCCUAGUGAUACUCAUGUGACGGAGGGGGAGGAGGUGUAUCUGAGGGUGAAGGUGGGAGGUCACCCUCCACCCAGUCUCACCUGGUACCACAAUGGUAGGGAGGUGACUGCAGACUAUGCCACAGAACUGGACCAGGACGGUGGAUUAUCCUUCCCUAGUGUGGAGACUAAGCAUGCUGGUGUGUAUAAACUGGUGGUUACUGGAGCCUCAGGGUCAACAACACAACAGGUCGUCACGGUAACAGUGAUGAGUGAGGGUGGUGAGGCUAGUGAGGGGGUGGAGGGGGUGGACUACGCCCCCAUACCUGUGACAGAGUUUGGAGCGUACGUGGCUGAUCUCCAUGCUGGCAGCAAUAAGAAGUUCAAAGAUCUUUACAAGGUAAUGUUAUACUAG